GAGGAAGAAGGAGGAGGGGGGCACUUCCUGUUUGGAUUGAUGUGAUUGGCUGAUUCUUACUGCGCAGACUCCUGGGAAAGCGCGAUGUUCAAAUUUGUUUCCGGUUUCAUUCUGCUUCAUUCCGUACGACAGAUAUGGAGCGGCAGCAUAGCAGUGCCAUAAGGACCCCCUCCAACAGUGUUGUGGUUCAGAGGAGGAGCAAAAGUAAGAGUUACCGGCUGUCAUACCGCAGCUGCUUAGGUGCUGCUUCACGACUUGGCUUAACUCCAGCUUUGACAGCACGGAGGCUCAACACCAGCAGAAGGCCUCCAAAGUCACGCAAUAUUACUGAGAAGGUGAAUCCAGAGCAACUGGCCUUGCUGGUGAAAACCGAGUGGCAGCUGUCGUACGUUACUCCUCUCUACCAGUUUAGACACACUCAGCUGAAGCGCUACUCCAGGCAGCUCUCAGCAUUCAUUGCUGCAGAGAAGCAACAAGGUUUGGCAGUGGAAGUGGAAGGACCACAGAGCAGCUUCAGAGUCUCCUUCUCUGUGGUGCAGGGGCUGGUUGAGACGGACGAAGAUGCUGAGACAGUCCUCAUACAGAUCCAUUCAAAGCCUUUGUUUGCCAGGCAGGAUGAGCCUCAGAGGCCAAUAUGGAGCGGCUGGCUGACCUGCAUCAACGGCAACCCUGAAUACCUGCGCUCGCUUCCAAAGGACUUUGUCUGCCUGCCCCUCUUUGGCAGCAGUGGGGCUGAGGCUCUCACUAAUGUGGUCAAAUCCUGGUUCCAGCAGACCUUCGACUGCUGCUUUGGCCACCUGGAGAUCAGCCACACCAGCCUGCAGUGGCUGGUGGCCUUGUGGACCAACUGCCAUGCCGAGUCCAGCAUCCAGCACCUCAAAAUGACUUGGACAAUUCCAGCUGUGCCACCGCUGCAAGUGACCUACACAGUUGACCCCCAAGAUGCAUCAGAGCUGUGGGGCAGUGUGAGAAAUGGUCCACAGGAGGAAGAUAAAGGAGGGGAGGAGAUGGAGGGAGAGAGUAGUAUUGAUAUUGAGGAGGUGAUGAGGUUCAUCCAUGCAUUGAAGAGCCACUUCUACAGACACUUCAGGUUGGAUCUGUCAGCGGGAAGCCUGAACCAAGUCACCACAGCACUGGGCUCAGCCAAGUACGCCGGCAGGAUCAAGAUCUCCAGCAGCAGAUACAUGAUCGCCACCCUGACGCUGCUGACAGAAUGUGCCCUCCUCAAAAUGCCCAUCUGAGUGCCAUAAAAAAGACUUUUUACAGCACCAAGGAAAUACAACAUUACAACAGCAGCAUUCAUUUGGGAAAAAAAGGCCCGGAGAAACUGGAUAUGCAGUUAUGAUUUUUUUUUUUUUUUUGCUUUUUUGGAUUUUUUUAAAAUUCUUUCACAUGAAACAUGAAAUGAAAAGUUGUCUUCUGCAAUCUUUUCUUUAACAAAGGUACAACAGAGUUACAUUCCAGCAUAUAAAUGCAGGAACCCUUGUGGCUGUAAUUAUGGGCGACUAUUGAGGAAAACAUAUCAGGUUCCAUUCUCUCUUGUAAAUACUACUUGUUUAUAUUCUCGUCCAGCGGUUUCUACAUUUUUGACAUUUACAGUUUUAAAUAAAAGGAAAAAGGAAGCAGUGUGUUGGUGAACAGUUUCAAGCAUGAUUUAAAUUCAGUUUCAAAAGACUUAAAAUAAUGAGUCUCAUGCAAGCAGGGUUUGGGUCUUUUAUGUAAUUUGUGGUGUAUUUAUCUUAUUGCAACAGCUGACUGGCCAAUAACACAAAGAUAUUUCCAUUGGGUGUCCUUUCAUCUAGGCUUUAUAUUCAUUUAGUGUUGCAAUUAAUUGUUUUACUUAUCAAUUAAUAGCUCUGUAAAUAAAAUGUCAGAAAUGCU